CCCUCUAGGCAAAAGACCCGCCAAUUCCUCCUUCGUGGGUAGUGAAGAAGAACCCUUCCUUGUUCUUUUCCAGGAAAGUGGAAACAUCUCUGGAGAUUCGAGAAUACUCUUUGAGGUCUGAAGACUCUGAACUCUACUCUUGCUCUCUCAGAGGAAAAUAAAAAACACUCCCAUAUCCAUCAUGGGUCUCUUAGAUAAGCUUUGGGACGACACAGUCGCCGGACCUCGGCCAGAUAACGGCCUUGGCAAGCUACGGAAGGAGUCCAACUUUAGUUUCCGAUCCAAUUCCGGGAAGGAAGCGGCGGAGGGAGGGAAUGGAAGAUUGUAUGGUGAUGAUAUGACGGAGGAGGCUACUAGGGUUACGCGAAGCAUCAUGAUAGUAAAGCCUCCUGGGAAUUAUGGAUCACCGCCGGUUUCACCGGCCGGAUCUACUCCUCCGGUAUCUCCAUUUUCCGGAAGUAGGGGAUCGAACCGGUUCCGACGGAAGUCAACGUCGGAUGCGUACGAGAGAGCAGCAAGGGAUGAUGGAGCCAGGAGCCCUCCUUCUCCUUACGAUGUGUGAAUGCGAGUAAGAGAAUACUUUACUUGACGACGACGAUGAUGACGACGAUAAUGAGGGCUCGUUCUACAGCUUUUUGACCGGCCAAUGCAACUUCUUCCCCCAGAAACUCUGCUUUAUAGUAUAGUUAUAUAUAUGUGAAUUUUCCUAGUACUCUACUGGUCUAGCGUAAAAGAGUCUGUUUGUGUGUGGAUAGCUGUAAUAAUAUGAAGAGAGAGGAGUACUGGUGUGGUAAAGCUUACCUUCGGCGAGGGGACUGUAUGAAGAAGGAUAGGAGAGGAUUCGCGUGUGUGUGUUUGUGUUGCUGUGUUUAUAUGAUGUAUUGAGAGCUGGUUUCCGAGUUCACUGCUCUGAGAGCUUUGUAAUGUUUAGGAAGUUAAAAGAAGAGAAUCUUUAUUUCUCA